CUGAAGGAGCAAAAGUAGCGGCGAGCUGAGGGGAAGAGAAGCAGGUUGCGGGAGGCAGGAGCAUCUCUCCGCUCCCGCUGCUCGUGUGCCGCGUUUGCAGCCCCGAGCGCGCCGGGGCUGAGCGGGGCUGAGCGGCUCUCCCGGCGCACGGAGCGGGUUCUGCUCCCGCGAAUGCGCUCUUCCCGAGCUGGAGCAGCCGAGCGGUUCCAGAGAUGUUACCCUGUUUCGUCUGGCUCACCCUCCCCGACUUGGUUAACGCCUUUGUGACCCCGGGAAAGCUAUCCCUCAAUGGGAGCCUGGAGAAGACUUUUGUAGUCCCGAACGUGUCGGGUUUCUUUUCCUGGGAUAAUGACAGCCUGGCCGACUGGCGGAGCUUUGUGGACAGGAGCCGGUACGGAGCGGAGUCGCAGAGCGCCACGGUGAAAGCCCUGCUCAUCGCGGCGUACUCCUUCAUCAUCGUCUUCGCCCUCUUCGGCAAUGUCCUGGUCUGUCAUGUUGUCAUCAAGACGAAGCGUGUGCACUCUGCCACCAGCUUGUUCAUUGUGAACCUGGCUGUAGCCGAUAUCAUGAUCACGCUCCUCAACACACCUUUCACGCUGGCUCGUUUUGUGAACAGUACCUGGAUCUUUGGGAAGGGGAUGUGCCAUGUCAGUAGGUUUGCGCAGUACUGCUCCCUGCACGUCUCUGCCUUGACCCUUACAGCCAUUGCUGUGGACAGGCACCAGGUUAUAAUGCACCCCCUGAAACCUCGCAUAUCUACUGGAAAAGGUGUUAUCUACAUCUCUGUAAUCUGGAUCAUGGCAACUUGUUUUUCCCUACCACAUGCUAUCUACCAAAAGCUCUUUAUUUUUGAAUACAGUGAGGAUGUAACCCGGUGCCUGUGUCUGCCAGAUUUCCCCGAGCCUGCUGACCUCUUCUGGAAGUACCUUGAUUUAACAACCUUCAUUUUGCUCUAUGUCCUGCCCCUUCUGAUCAUCUCCGCUGCCUACAUGACCGUGGCAAAGAAGCUCUGGCUGCGCAACGUCAUCGGGGACGUCACCAUUGAGCAGUACGUUGUCCUUCGCAAAAAGAAUAAGAAGACCAUCAAGAUGCUGAUGCUCGUUGUCAUCCUCUUCGCAGUUUGCUGGUUCCCCUUGAAUUGCUACGUCGUCCUCCUCUCCAGCCAGACCAUCCACACCAACAACGCCCUGUACUUUGCCUUCCACUGGUUUGCAAUGAGCAGCACCUGCUACAACCCCUUCAUCUACUGCUGGCUCAAUGACAGCUUCCGAUCAGAACUAAAGGCUUUGCUCAACAUGUGCAGAAAGCCCCCCAGGCCCACAGAGCAGAGGCUUCCCUCCACAGUCCCAUCCUACCGACUGGCUUGGCCAGAAGACGGCAACUUCAAGAGGUUGCAGUCCUCCCAUGUCCUUCCAGCAUCCUCCACCAUCCAGUCAGGAAAGACAGACAUCUCUGCAGUUGAGCCAAUAGUAGCUGUGAGCUAAAAGGUGGCCUUG